ACCCUGCUUCCUUCUGCAUGAGCGCGGACGGGCCUCUCGUUGAGCUCCAGCAUCCCGUGAGGUUUCAUUCCCAAACUUGCACACCACCAGUUCCUUUCCUGAUCAUUUCGGAGAAUGCCUUAUUAGCAAGUGCAACAUCAUAGACCGCCCUUGCCUUUUCAACCAUCGAAGCCAACAUGGCAGCCCUUUCUCACAACCACGCGAAAUACAAGGAACGUUUCGACUAUAUUCAGGAACUUCUGGACGCGGAGCAAACAAAGAUCACGCCGGUCCAGUACGAACCUGACUUUCCUUUCAAGUACAAUAAUUUUGUCUACCGCCUCUUGCUUCCCGUUGGGACCCCGGACCGCCUCGGAAGCGCUAGUGAGGGAUCUAAGCUCGAGCAUCUUCCGGGCUGCAUCCCCAUUCCGGCCGGCACCAAGGAGUUUAUAGUUCGGCGCAGUAACCCAGAUGCUGAGGGCAUACACCAAGAAACGCGAGUGCAGAACGAAGUUGCCAUCCUCACUCUCGCCUCUGCUGCCCUGCGCCAUGUCAAGCCCGCCUUGGUCCCCCGUAUCUUCGUCUGGGGCAGUGCUGGUCACGGACGUAUCGGGUGGAUCUUACAGGAACUGAUGCCGGGAGCGCCGCUUGCCGAAGAGUUUAGGAACAACAUGUCUCUGGACCAGAAACGGGGGAUACUGACGCAGAUGGCAAGGUUGCUGAAAGCGCUGCAGGAUUACCAGCUUCCUGAGAGCAUCAAGGGCUGGGGGGGUCUGACGUUUGAUGAUUCCGGCGCCAUUGUCAGCGCACCCAUGCCUACUGUCGGGGCUGGACCUUGGUCUUCGCCGGAGGAGUCCUACAAGGACCGCCUGAAAGCAGCACUCGCUAGGGUGGAUGUGAAUCCGCAUCUUCAAGGCUGGCGUGCCAAUGGGGUCAGGGAGCGGGUAGAUGCUUUUAUCGAACACGGGCUUCCAGCUUAUUUUGCCCACUUGACUUCAAAGCAGGACAGGACGAUUGUACACGCAGAUUUCGUUCCCGAGAAUCUGCUCUACGACCCACCAACAGGCCGUAUCACAGCACUUCUCGAUUACGAUUUCGCCAGCAUCCAGCAUCCUGGAUACGAGUUUUUCCGCUCCUUCAGCACCAACGGUGGCUCAUUUCUCGGAUGGUCCGGUGGAACAACUCCAGAAAAGCAGGAAGCUGAAGCGCUUCGGAAUGCCAAGCUCACCGGCCGGUUUCCUUCACCUCUUCCGGCUCCGGUAGUAUCUGACAAAGGUGCACCAGCGGUCGACUGGGAGCUCGCACAUGCAUGGGAGGUCGAGCUGCAGGAGCUGGACGUGAAACGUCCGAGCACGAUCCAGGGGAUUGACAAACUUGCCGAUGUCGACGAGCUCUUAGGCUCCUUGUUGCCAUUUAUAUUGACCAACGGGGACUUCCUAAGAAUGAAUACGGACGAGAACCAGAGGAAGGACAUGAAAGCCAUGAGCGAGAGGAAGCUUGUCGGGUUGCUGGAGCACUUGGGAUUCUAGACUGUCAAUUUCAAGAGGGAAACAACAUAAGCUGAUAGCUUGGCGAGAACUUCAUGAGGAAAGAGGGUAGGUAGUUUAGGUACUUCGACCACUCUGUAACCUUCUCUAUCGAC